CAAGCUCGCCGUCGCCGCUCACAUCGUGAUGGCUCUCGCUGGAGCGUUUUUGAUGGUCGCAGGAACCUACGGUUCUGUCCUCGAUAUCAAGGCUUCGUUUGACUCUGGCGACACCACCUCGCCAUGGGGUUGUGCGGAUAACUCGAACUCGGUCUGAGACCCAAGCUUCGCGACAGAAAAGACAAGAAUACAAGAGGAAAGAAGAAGGAUUCCGCACGAUGACCUCAAAUGUAUCACUAGUAGCAUCGCAUUCGCACAGACAACAAGCAGCACAGGAACAGGGAUGUUACGAGGGCAGUAGUAGACAGACAAAUCAUGCUUCAUCGAAUAAUAUAUCGCAUGAGAUAUGACGCGAGGCAGCAAGGGUCACUCGAUCACUCGCGUACUCGAAGAGUCGCUUGUACGACCAAGUGGAAAGAAGCCAUGCGGCCGGUAGACGAUUCCUGCGCGACGCCGGUUACAUCCAGACGUUACAACAAUCGAUCGCGGCAUGGGCUAUUAAAGAGUAUCAAGGAUCAAUCACUGCACGGCUGGGUCGUGAUAAGAGACUCGGACAUACCAGCGUCCAUGAAUCGUAUAUUGUCUGCGCACGACGUUUCAAUGAAUUGCCCUUUGCCUUGGACUUCGCCGAAUUCGCCUUUCUUCAUCAAGAUACAUCCACCGUCCGAAGCGAACCAGUUGACACCUUUGCAGCCUAUAGGUAUACGGAGGAUUGAGUCACUGAGCAUCUCGCAUCAACAUGGGUAUAUAUCUUACCGGGUCCGUAUUUCCAACAUUCAUCCGAACAUUAAAAAGAUUCGGGAGAUACCCGGCGUGUUCCGAUUGCUCCGAUUGCGGGAUGCCGGACCAGGUGUCGAAUCUGCCGGCUGCAUACUGGAAUCUGGCGAAACCCUUGCCCAUUGGGUUCUGUCUUGCGCCUUAACAAGUGGGGAAAGGUGCUUGACGUGAUCCGGGUACACGUGCUGCAUUGAUGAAGGUCGCAACCAGGAAGACGGAGAGAAAGGCGGUGAAGUGCAUAGUUGGAUUGAAUACUAGAGGUAGCAGGCGAGGCUAAUUGCGAUGAGCAUGGUGUCUUGGCUGGCUCAGCCCACCCGUACGGUCUCCUGUUGCUGGACAAAGGCGACGGUGUCAAAGGACCUUUGAUGUAGUACUUAGCGCUUGGCAGGAUCGCUGAAACACCC